CAUCGUUAUUGACUAACUUCAGUGCACUUUAGUGCGUUGCUUUUAGAAUAAAGAGGAGAGAAUGUUGAUGUGAUUUUGAUUUAAUUUACACACAAUUUUCUUAAUGAUACGCUGUAUAAACACACGAGUAAAUUAUGAAAGUAUAACAUCACGAGUUCUUGUCCUGGAUUUUUAAAUAUAGUGUUAUUUAAAAUCAAGCUAUUGCAUAUGAAAACUAAUUGUUUCAUUAAAAAAACACCAACGAACUAUAAAUUAGUUGAUCGUGGACUGGCCUCGUGUUUACCUGUUCAUCUGUCAUCGAGAUAAUGAUUACUCAUUAUGUAAUUUGUAAGUGAAGAAAUGCUAUGGUGGAUAAUAAAUCAAUGUAAAUUACAGAAAAUCAAAGAACGGGCUUCUUUAUUACAAAAAAAAUGACUGACACUUCUCCCGCAUCAACUCUUACCAGGUUAUUGAAUAUCGUGAUAAAUUUUGUAAAAUGUAUUGCCCGGACAUUAUUUGUUCUUGUGAACAAUUGUUAUUGCAUUCCAACUUACGUUGUAUGGAUGGCUUUAUUAUUUCCUGUCAAAGUUUACCAACCACAAAUUUAUUGGCGAAUAGAAGGUUUAUUUUUUCAUUGGCUCCUGGGAAUGGUGUCCAUGUGGACGUGGACGGCCGGCUACGAUAUAAUCGAGCACGGUGAUGACAUUCAAAAAGCAAUCAGUGAUAGGACUUUGGUGAUUGCGAAUCAUCAAAGUACAGGGGACGUUCCCAUUUUGAUGACAACGUUCAAUGCAAAGCAAAAUGUUUUACCAAAUAUCAUGUGGAUCAUGGAUAAAGUAUUUAAAUACACAAAUUUCGGGGUAGUUUCUAUUUUACAUGAAGAUUUCUUCAUCUCGUCGGGUCGUAAAAAACGUGAAGAAAGUUUACGACAUCUGACAAAGCAUCUAAAGGAGUCUUACAUUCCGUUAGAUAGAAAGUGGAUGAUUCUUUUUCCUGAGGGUGGUUUCCUCUGUAAAAGACGAGAGGUUUCGCAAAAUUAUGCAAAAAAAAAUAAUCUACCAAUUCUCGAAAAUGUCAGUUUGCCAAGAGUUGGAGCUAUUCAAACUAUAUUCGAUAUUGUAGGUCCAACGCAAAACAAUAAUUCAAAUCAGGAGUUAAACGACAGAUCAAGUAUGACUAUAUCAAAACCAGAAAUUAGUUGGGUUCUUGAUAUAACAAUAGCAUAUCCUCAAGGCAAGCCUAUAGAUCUACCAACUAUUAUAACUGGUUCAAGACCGCCUUGCGAAACAGUUUUAUUCUACAGAUUAUUUCCAAGUUCUGUGGUGCCACGUGAACCUGAACUUUUGUCAAAAUGGUUGCACGAUCGUUGGGUUGAAAAAGAAAGUCUUUUAGAAAAUUUUUAUAAACACGGAACAUUUCUUGGAACUAAUCAAACUGAAGGUUCAAAGAUCCAACAGGAUCCAUUACGAUUCCUAGUCCUUCAUUUAUUUUUUAUAACGUCUAGUUAUAUUCACUACAAUAUGUUCGCGUACGUUUUGUCUUGUAUUUGGUGAGAUAUCCUAAAAUUUUCUGAUGGAGGAAAAACUUCAAAUACCGGAUCGAUUUACUGGUGAAGAUUUUGCUGCCUCUCCCCCUAUAUGACGAGUAAGAAACUUUUACCAUAUAUAAUUUUUUUUUCAAUUUUUUUUUACAUUUAAUAUAUAAAUUAAUUAUGCGAAAUAGUUACAGUUUGAGAAAAAAAAAAAAAUGAGGACCAUUAUUAAUUCACACAAAAAAAACAAGGCAAUGAAAAAAAAACGCCCAUUUAGAUAAUGUAUUUCUAGAUCGCACACACAAUAAUUGAGAAAUGAUUGAAAAAUGAGAUUUCUAUCUUCAUUUUAAUAUUCUCUUUCAGUCACAAGAGAAUUCAGCCAUUUCAAUUCGAUGUAUCAUCGUAAUUAAUGCACAAUUUUGUAGUUUUAUUAUAUAUACUUAAUAAUGUCAUUAAUUUUAUUACCAAUAGUUUUCUGAGAUUACUUUCCGUUAAACGUCAAUAACGAAAAGUUAAUUUCAGUUAAUAUUUCUUUUUUUAUGCAUAAAUCCUUUCAUUGGGAGUUUUUUCUUAAAAAAAAAAAGAUUUCUACUAUUCCAAAUGACGAGUAACAAAACUUUUUUUUUCUUUCAUUGAAACUUCACCAAAAAGAACAAAAAUAUCAAGAAGAAAGAGAAAAUCUUACAUAAAUCUGAUUAUAAGUUUUGGAAAAAAAUGAAUCAUAUCAGAGUAGUUUUGCUCCAUGUGUUUUUGUAUUUGUGUAUACAACACGUUUAUAAAGAAAAAAAAUAGAAUAAAAUUGUCACCCAAUUCACAUUUUUUCAUAGUGAUGUGAUCAUGGGUAAAUUUUCGAUUCCCAGUGUGAUUUAUUAUCAUUAGAAAACAAGAGUAAUGUUUUUAAUCCACGAUUUUGCAAUUUCGGUGCUUUUGCACGUAACUUUUACAGCAUUUAAGAUAUAUAAAACUAAGGUGCAGUCAUUUUUACAAUAUUUAACAUUUAAACAUUUUAAAACUCUGCACCCUUGUGGUCUGUGCGAUUUUAUGAAAGCAAAAAAAAUUAAAUGAGAAAACAAAAAAAAAACUUUCGUAUAUGUCUUUAAAGUGCUUAGAAAGUUUAUAUUGUACAGUCUACAAGGUUCUGUAUUUUUCUUGUCAAUUUAAUCAUUGUUAUAAUGAAAUUAUUUGAAACGCAUUUUCACUAAAAAAAAAAAAACAAAAA